GCUUUUGCUGUGCCUGUCCGCUGUGCUGUUGCCGUUCACUGUACUCGGACUUUGUUGCUUUAGGGAGUGAGGGCCCCGUGACGCGUUGCAUUGCUGCUCCUUUUGUCUGGAACGGGCGGGUCAAGAUUUCGGUCCCUUGAAACACUUCCCACGCCAGCGCCGCUUGACUCUCGACUGGGCGCUGGACUGACGAGAUCAGCCAUUCGCAGCGCACACGGCACCCGCGGCGCCUGUCAGUCUUUGUUGCGGGACCCUGAACACGCGAUACCCCACGACAGAAUGACAGACACGAUGCAUGUCGAGGAGCCCGCCAUGGGAGCCGACAAACUCAAAUUGGACGUGGAGAAUGCCAUGACGGUCCCCAGCAAUGAAGAGACGCCAGUGCGCUCGCCCAGGUCACACAUUGACAGCUCGCCGCUGCCGACCGACUCGAUGGUGACAGUGCCGCUGUCCGAGGCCGACAGCGAAGACGCGCCAGACGAGCAGAACACACACGCAGAGGAGAAGGGCAUAAUGUCACGCCCGAGCUCCGACGAGAUUCACAAGGCCUUUGGCCGCCGCGACAGCCCCACCAGCGUCCAUGUGCCGGCCAUGACAGUCCACGACACGGACGCGCCUGAGAUGGCCAAGUUGUCUGGCCACUCGAGAAGCGACAGCAACAGCUCGGCAAAGAGCCAGCAGGUCGAUUGGGAGGAGCUGGAGAAGAAGGAAUCGCUGGAGCCUGAGGGGGCUGGGCAGGAUGAGGCCAUGGCCCUGCUGCUCGCCCGUCUGGAGCAGGAGAACAACGCCCUCAUGUCCGACUCCAAGGCCACGCUGAAAGCAAAGAACAAGUCUGCACGCUCCCGCAGUCAGUCCCGCCCGCCGUCGUUCAACCAGCUCAAGCGCCUGGUGCAGGACGAAGAAGCCUCGCAAGUGCGCUUUUCGCAACUGCCCUCGCCGCCGCCCAUGACAGAGCUCGAGUUUUGGGCCGCCCUCGUGCGCGACUACCCCCAGACCGUACAACGCCUGCCCACCCUCAGCCUCAAUAAGAUCCGCGGCGGCAUUCCUGCGCCAUUGCGCGGCGUUGUAUGGCAGAGCGCAUCGGGUGCCAGGGACAAGCUCAUCGAGGACCAGUACGACACGCUGUGCGGCGAGUCGAGCCCAUACGAGAACAUCAUCAACAAGGACCUCGGCCGAAGCUUCCCCGGCGUCGAGAUGUUCAAGGACCCUGAGGGUGAGGGGCAGAAGAUGCUGGGCCGCGUGCUCAAGUGCUUCAGCCUGUACGACAACAAGAUUGGGUACUGCCAGGGUCUGGGCUUCCUCGUGGGGCCGCUGCUGAUGCAGAUGGGCGACAAGGAGGCCUUUUGCGUGCUCGUCAGGCUCAUGGAAGACUACGACUUGCGCUCGUGUUUUCUGCCUGACCUCUCGGGUCUCCACCUCCGCAUCUUCCAGUUCCAGAAACUGCUGCACCAGCACAUGCCACAGCUGGCUCAGCACCUCGACGAACUGCAAAUCGGGUCCGCAUACCUAUCGCAGUGGUUUCUGUCCUUCUUCGCCGUCACGUGUCCGCUUCCCAUGCUAUUCCGCAUUUACGAUGUGCUGUUCGCAGAGGGCGCAUCUGAGACCAUCAUGCGCGUAGCCCUCGCCCUGAUGAAGAGGAACGAACAGAAGCUUCUCUCGCUCUCCGAGUUCGAAGAUGUUAUGCAACUGCUUCUAGGACGACAACUAUGGGAUCCUUAUGGUCGCAAAGCAGGGUCUGCCGAUGAGCUGGUCGGUGACUUUGUGGGCUUCACCAACGAUGUUACACGAGAGAGAUUGCAGGGGCUGGAGCAACAGUACAAGGAAGCGCAGGACAGGGAUGCGGCCAAGCAGCAGGUGCAGAAGUCGGCCACUUCGUUCCUGGGUCGCUUGUGGGGCCCGUCCAACUCAUCCACCAAAUCCGUAUCUCUCAGCCCAGGCCUCUCUGCGCCCUCGCGGCCGGUUAGCUUCCUGAGACGCACUCCCUCAAAACAGAGUCUUGCAUCAACACUCAACUCCACUGAAGGUUCCGAGGCUUCGAAUGCUACCCACAGCACUGCCCUGACAGACCUGUCUCGCGGGUCGAAUGGAGACGCCUUGUCAAUGAGAUCAGGUCACGGGUCCAUCGCUAUGGGUCACUCUGCAAAGGACAGGGAUCUGCACUACCAGAUCGAGCAGCUGCUCAUGUCGGUGAGCCAGCUGCAACGCCAGAACGUUGAGCUCGAAUCGGCACUGCAGAAGCAACGCGAAGACCGCAAAGAUGACCAUCGUCUCGUGCGCACAGUCGUUGAGAAACUUCGAAAGAAGCAGUCGUCCCUCUCGGCCCCCUCAACCCGGUCGGACCGCCGCCGAACAACCAUCACCGCCAGUACUAUGGUGCCAACACUUGACGACUCAAACCUCUCUCUAUCAGACGAGGCAAUAGAGAUUGUCGACAGUCUGGAAACCCGCUUCCCAACCGAGCAAUACCACACCCGCACAUCGUCGAUGUUCGAAACUAAGCAGAUGCUCCGCGACACGCUCGCACGCACAAAAGAACAGCUUUCCUCUGAAAGCGUACGUGCCCAAGCGCUAGCCCGCGAUCUUAACGAUCGUGACACGGAGCUCAUCUUUGCGCGUGACACGAUAAAAGACACAAGACAGCGCCUCGCAGACAGCUACAACCAAAACCAGAAACUGGAAAGGACGAUCCAAGAACUACGCCAGACGGCGCGCAAAACAUCUGCAGCAGUGUCUUGGUCCGCGUCGGACAGUUCCGACACGCCGCCGAGUCUCUCGCGGUCAACGACAAGCGAGAGCAUGGCAGGAGGCUUGCGCGAACUCCGGCUCGGGAGAACAAACUCGACCAAGAGCGUGCGCCCAACCAGCAUGAUGUUCAACAAGCGCUCGUCCAGUCUCGCCACACAGCAAGUCCUCACAACAGACAACAACACGCCUGCCGACAACGAGGCCCUUCUCCUCGAGCUCGUCAACGCCAAGACAGCAGAGGCGAUCGCGCGGCAGGAGCUGGAGGAGAUGCGCGGCCGGUUCGAGGGCAUGAAGCGCGUCGUCAGCGCGAGUAGUGCCGGCGCCGCGGCGGCGGCGGGCAACGGCUGGUUCGCCAAACCCGCCACCCCGCCGACGAUGAAGUCUCCCACCGUUACCGCCGUGUCUGUCGCGUCGCCCCCGACUACGACGACGAGCCCCAUGCCGGCGACUGGCACCACGGGCUGGACGUGGGGCGGCUGGAAGAGGACGCCCAGUACGAGUAACGCGACUAUCUCGUAGACUGGGAUAUGUUGGAUUCUUGGGACCGUGUAUAUAUCUGUCUGUAUAUGGGAUGGGCGAGGGCAUGUUUCUACGACUGUGUUUUUAUGUCGAUAUGUGUGGAGAAGGGGGGUGAUGGACGGCCCGGCCCCAUCUUCCGUUGUUUUUCUUAUGAUUGCUUUUUUCAGCGAAGCGGGGGGUUUGCGCACCGAUUUUAAUGACACUUUUACUGCUCGUUC